AUGUCUGCCGAACCUCCGCGCCUCCAGCGUCACUGUCUCGUGACGGUCGGUGCGACAGCCCGCUUCACGCAGCUCCUUACCGAAGUUCUCGACCCCACGUGUCUCGACUUCCUCGUUGGCGAUGGCUACACCAACCUGACGCUCCAGUGCGGCAAAGACUACGAGCACUUCUCCCGAAAUGUCCUCCCAGGACUCGUGUCAAGCUACCCCUCACUCGAAAUCACCGCGUUCGAGUUCGUCGACGACCUCACCGUCGAGAUGGUCAAGUGCCGCGCCGCAGAAGACCGCAGAGCGGGUGCCGUCAUCUGCCACGCAGGCACCGGGACCAUCCUGGACGGCAUGCGCGUCAACGUCCCCCUCGUCGUCGUCCCAAACCCGACGCUCAAGGACAACCACCAGGUCGAGCUGGCCGACGAGAUCCAACGCCAGUGCUACGGGAUCUGGGGCAAGCUCGGCGACAUCCCCUGGGCACUGGAGCAGCUUCAACUUCAGCUCGAUAAGACCGAGCUGUCGUUCAAGCCGCACUCUGUCGAAGAGGACACCGCCGCGCCGCCUGUUGACUUGUGGACGGUCAGCAGCGCAAUGCUCGGCCGCUACGAUGUGGAUGACAAGCCAGUUGUUCCAGACACUGUUGUGGGUAAUGGAGGAGGCACAGGGGAGGUCCAGCGCGAGGAGGUGGCCCAGAUGACAAUGGGUUAG